AUGACUACCAUGUCAGCCGCCACGGCCCAUAACGAUGAAUUCUACGUUCGCUACUAUGUCGGCCAUCGAGGUCAAUUUGGACACGAAUUCUUGGAACUCGAAUUGCAUCCCUCGGGAAAACUGCGGUACGCCAACAAUUCCAAUUACAAACACGAAAAAUCCAUGGUACGGAGAGAAGUAUUUGUGGGGCCCGCCGUCACGGAAGAAUUCAAGCGAAUCAUUACCGAGAGUGGCAUUACCCAAAUGGACGACAAAAAUUGGGAAGAACCCCGCGCUCGCUGUCAAGAGCUUGAAAUCAAAAUUCGAAAUGAACACAUUUCCUUCACGUGCCCCGAAAUUGGAUCCCUGGUGGAUAUUCAAAAGUCCAAAGAUCCAGAGGGUUUGAAAACAUUUUAUUUCCUGACACAGGAUCUGAAAUGCCUGGUCUUAUCUCUGAUCAACAUGCAUUUCAAAGCUAGACCAAUUUAG